ACUCCUUCACGUGACCUGCGGACCGUGUCCCGUGACGCUGAGUGUUUCUCCGUGAAUCUCACCUGCAGCUCCGUGAUGGCCGGCCGGGGGAAACUGAUCGCCGUGAUCGGGGACGAGGACACGUGCACGGGCUUCCUGCUCGGCGGGAUCGGGGAACUGAACAAGAACCGGAAGCCAAACUUCCUGGUGGUGGAGAAGGACACGAGCAUCACGGAGAUCGAGGAGACCUUCAAGAGCUUCCUGGCGCGUAACGACAUCGGCAUCAUCCUGAUUAACCAGUUCAUUGCAGAGAUGAUCCGGCACGCCAUCGACGCCCACAUGCAAUCAAUCCCAGCUGUGCUGGAGAUCCCGUCCAAAGAGCACCCGUACGACGCAUCGAAGGACUCCAUCCUGCGCCGCGCCAAGGGCAUGUUCUCUGCUGACGAUUUCCGAUAAACGGCGUGUUCACGCCCGUGCGACUGGCAGAUAUGUCCAGAUGUUUUGCUGUGAUGUUUCCUCUUUUGUUUACUUUUGUUUCCAGGAAGUGAUGUGACCGUGUGACAAUUUUUAGACCAAACCUGCCUGAGUUACGUGAUCUCUUACCUCCUCCCAGGUGUUUGUUCCAGAUGUGUUAACUUAUAAACGUGAACAGAUGUGGUAAUAAAUUAAUAAAAAAAGUU